CCAAAGGUCAACAGAGUUGUCAACGUCAUGACAGAUAGGUUUAUCGCUGUGUAAAUAUUGCGCUUUGCUUGUGAAAUUACAUGUACAGCUUUUGUCAGUGUCCAACUAUGUUUGUUUCACAACAAUAACCGACGUGGAAUGAGGUAUUUCCAUAGUAAAGUGUGUCCAAAGUAACUCGGAUAUUCAAGAGUUUUAUUUGACAAGGGAUAAUUGCGGAAAUGUAAACAUUUAAAAAAAAAAUACACCACAAAAGACAGUUCACUACUGAAGCAAGAGUUGGAUAUAAUCAUGGCAGAUUACAAAACACAGGGAAACAUACAGCAUAGAAAAGAAGACAUUCUCUCAACAGACACAACAUAUGGAUCUAUUGAUAGAGAUCAGGGGAGAGAUAACAGUGAAUCACACAAACCAACAAAAACAAGUUUUACUGCAAAUCAGAAGUGGACACUUUUUAGCAUAUCCUUGGCAAAUUUUUCAGAUUUUGUCAGCUAUAGUAUUUUGGCUCCAUUUUUUCCAGAGGAGGCUAACAAAAUGGGAAUGUCUGAUUCUGUAGUGGGACUAGUAUUUGGAUGCUUCGCUUUGGUUAUGUUCAUAACUUCACCUGUAUUCGGAAAGUUUCUCACAAAAAUUGGUGUAAAGUUUAUGUUUAUUGCAGGCUCUUUUACAUGUGGAGUUUGCUGCAUAAUUUACGGGUUUCUUAUAAGACUGGAUAAGGGAACGGAAUUCAUCGUAUUUUGUUUUGUAGUACGAUCGAUUGAAGCUGUCGGGUCAGCGGCUUCAGCGACUGCAGCUUUUGCAAUUAUUGCGAAAACUUUCCCAGAAAACAUUGCAACAACAUUAGGUGUUUUGGAGAUAUUCAGUGGGUUAGGAUUUAUGCUUGGACCCCUUAUAGGAGGAUAUCUAUAUCAGGUUGGAGGUUUUACUUUGCCAUUUUUAGUGCUGGGUAUUUUCACCAUAGUGAUCACUCUUUGCAAUAUUUAUAUUUUACCAAGACAGCAAGAUGAAGGUACACUUAAAUCAGGUUCAAUGACAGAAUUUUUGAAAAUACCGUCCGUUAUUAUGACAUCACUUUGUGUGUUAGCGGGAUCUGUGGCGUUGAGUUUUCUAGACCCGACUCUAGCAAAGCAUUUAAAUCAGUUUAACUUCAAUUCUACGACAGUUGGCCUGAUGUUUUUAAUAAUGGCAGGGUCAUACACACUGUCAGCAUUCUUUUGGGGUUGGAUUACAGAUAAAAAGAAUAUUCCUAAGUUAUUGAUGAUAAUUGGUAAUAUUGGCUGUGGUGCUGCAUAUCUCUAUUUAGGACCAACACCUCUCUUCAAUGUUAAAACUGAACUAUGGAUGGUUAUAUUUUCUCUGGUUCUUCUUGGCUUGGCUGUUGGUUGUGCACUAGUACCCACAUUUACAGAUAUGAUUGGUACAGCCAGGUGGUAUGGGAUGCAGGAUAACUUUGUUACUUAUGGAAUAGUCUCAGGUGUAUUCAACGGGUUAUUUUCUCUUGGAAGUUUUAUUGGUCCCACAGUGGGUGGAGCUAUGGAACAAGCAUAUGGUUUUAGUUGGGCAGCAUCUGUAAUGGCAUUAAUAUAUUUCACAGUUACAACUCUACUUAUUAUAUUUUGUCUAUGGGAAUAUCAAUGUGGGAAAGGAAGAAGAAUCGCUACACAUAGAGAAAAUGUGAUAGUUGUACCUCCAGAUUUGACAAACGACAUAAAUUCGCCAUUGCUAAAUCCUUAGAUAUCAAGAGAAGUGAAUACAUAAAUAAAUAAUUUCACAAAACGAAC